GAGGUCUUAGCCGAUCAGCAGCAGCAUCAGGACCAGAGGAGAGCGCACCAGCAGUAGACCAUGGACCAGAGAUUCAGACGGCUGUCGCCUCUCACCAGGGGAGCUCUUCAUCUCCUGCUGCUUGCUAGACUGGUGCUGCCUUCACACACAGAGAGCAUGCCCAGCUUCAUCAAGUCCCCCGACGAUCAGACGGGGAUUUCGGGAGGAGUGGCGUCGUUCGUGUGCCAGGCGGUGGGCGAGCCCAAACCUCGCAUCACCUGGAUGAAGAAGGGGAAGAAAGUCAGCUCCCAGCGCUUUGAGGUGAUUGAGUUCGAUGACGGCUCGGGCUCGGUGCUGCGCAUCCAGCCGUUGAGGACCCACCGUGACGAAGCCAUCUAUGAAUGCACGGCCACCAACAGCGUGGGAGAGAUCAACACCAGCGCCAAGCUCACCGUCUUGGAGGAGGACCAGAUCCCCCACGGCUUCCCCACCAUCGACAUGGGGCCCCAGCUGAAGGUCGUGGAGAGAACGCGCACGGCCACAAUGCUGUGUGCGGCCAGCGGCAACCCUGACCCGGAGAUCUACUGGUUCAAAGACUUCCUGCCCGUGGACAUCGGCAGCAGCAACGGCCGCAUUAAGCAGCUGCGUUCAGGUGGUACACCAAUCAGAGGAGCGCUUCAGAUCGAGAACAGCGAGGAGUCGGACCAGGGCAAGUACGAGUGUGUGGCAGUGAACAGCGCCGGGACUCGCUACUCUGCUCCGGCUAACCUUUACGUUCGAGAUCAACGGGAAGUUCGCCGUGUGCCCCCCCGUUUCUCCAUCCCGCCCACCAAUCACGAGGUGAUGCCCGGCGGCAGCGUCAACCUGACCUGCGUGGCGGUCGGCGCUCCCAUGCCUUACGUCAAGUGGAUGAGCGGCGAGGUGGAGCUGACCCGGGAGGAGGAGAUGCCCAUCGGCCGCAACGUCCUGGAGCUCACCAACAUCCGGCAGUCCGCCAACUACACCUGCGUGGCCAUAUCCUCCCUGGGCAUGAUCGAGACCACGGCCCAGAUCACCGUCAAAGCCCUGCCCAAGCCGCCUACCUCGCUCACUGUGACGGAAACCACGGCCACCAGCGUCACCCUAACCUGGGACUCUGGAAACCCAGAACCGGUGUCCUACUACGUGAUCCAGUACCACGCCAAAGUCUCUGACAAUGGCUUCCAGGAAAUAGAUGGAGUGGCCACGACCCGGUACAGCAUCGGCGGUCUCAGCCCCUUCUCGGAGUACGAGUUCCGUGUCAUGGCCGUCAACAACGUCGGCCGGGGGCCUCCCAGCGGCGUCGUGGACACCCGCACAAGCGAGCAGGCGCCCUCGUCGCCUCCCCUGCACAUCCAGGCGCGCAUGCUGAGCUCCAGCACCAUGCUGGUCCAAUGGGAACCUCCGGAGGAGCCCAACGGCCAGAUCCGGGGAUACCGGGUCUACUACAGCUCGGAUCACGACGCCCCGCUAAGCGCCUGGCAGAAACACAACACAGACGACAGCCAGCUCACCACCAUCUCAGGCCUCACCGCGGACAUCACCUACAGCCUGAGGGUGCUGGGCUUCACCUCGGUGGGAGACGGACCUCCCUCUGAUGUUCUGCAGAUCAAGACCCAGCAGGGAGUUCCCGCUCAGCCGUCUGGGUUUGAGGCUGAGGCCGAGCUGGACUCGCGCAUUAUGCUGUCAUGGCUUUGGCCUGUCCAGGAUCAAAUAAUUGGCUUUGAACUGCUCUACUGGGAGGAGAACAAUCCCACAAACAAGCAUCAUGCCACUUUCGGCCCAGCAGGCUCCCAUGCAGUUGAUGGUCUGAAGCCAGACACACUCUACAUGUUUUCCAUGGCUGCAAAAUCUGAGAUGGGUUUAGGAGUCUUUACCCAGCCUAUUGAGGCCAGGACUGCCCAAUCCACCCCCUCAGCCCCUCCCCAGGAGGUACGCUUGCUCAGCCUCAGCUCCACCAGCAUCAAGGUGAGUUGGGUGGCACCACCCACAGACAGCCGCCACGGGGAGAUAGCGCACUACUCCCUGGCCUACCAGGCGCUCACAGGGGAGGACGUGGAGCGCCAUCAGGUGUCAGGGAUUGGCGCUGAUGUCACCAGCUACGUGCUGGAUGACCUGCAGAAGUGGACUGAGUAUUCGGUGUGGGUGAGGGCUCACACUGACGUCGGGCCCGGCCCGGAGAGUUCCGCAGCCUGCACCAAAACCAAGGAGGAUGUGCCUGGAGCUCCUCCCAGGAAGGUGGAGGCUGAUGCCCUCAACUCCACUGCCCUCAGGGUGACCUGGAAGCCUCCGCUGUCUGUGAAGCAACAUGGCCAGAUCAGAGGCUACCAGCUGGUCUACUCCAGGCUAGAGAACGGGGAACCUCACGGCCAGCCGGUCAUCAUGGACGUCUCGCUCCCCGAUGCCCAGUGGACUGAUGAGGACUCAACGGACUAUGAGGCCAUUGUAACAGGUCUGCUGCCAGAGACAACCUACUCUGUUACUGUGGCUGCGUAUACCACCAAGGGCGAUGGAGCGCGCAGCAAGGCCAAGGUGGUAACCACCACAGGAGCAGUGCCUGGCAAGCCCACUAUGAUGAUCAGCACCACCAUAGGGAACACUGCCCUAAUCCAGUGGCAGCCUCCCAAGGAGAUGGUCGGGGAGCACGUGGGAUACCAGCUGCAGUACAAGAGAGCAGAGGAGGAGGCUUUCACCGUCAAAGACUUCCGGAAGGCAGACGAUCAUUUCACAGUGACGGGCCUCCACAAGGGAGCCACAUACAUCUUCAAGCUGUGUGGCAAAAACCGAGCCGGCAACGGGGAGGAAUACGUGAAGGAGAUCAGCACCCCAGAGGACGUUCCCAGCAGCUAUCCCCAGAAUCUAAGCGUGGUCGGUCUGACUGCCACCUCCACCAACCUGGCCUGGGAGCCCCCUCCUCUGGCCGAGAGGAACGGGAAGAUUGUCAAGUACGCGGUGGUGUACCGAGAUAUCAACAGCCAGCACAACAACACCAACAGCACCACAGAAACACAGAUGACCGUCCAAGGCUUGCAGCCGGACACAACCUACGACAUCAGAGUCCAAGCCUUCACCAGCAAGGGGGGGGGGCCCAUCAGCCCCAGCAUUCAGAGUCGGACUAUGUCCACCUCCAUGCCAGUGUUCACCAAGAACUUUGGUGUGAAGGCUGUGAUGAAAACCUCUGUCCUGCUGACCUGGGAAGUGCCAGAAACCUACAAAUCUCAAGUGCCUCUCAAGAUCCUGUACAACCAGCAGAGUGUGGAGGUUCAAGGCAACCUGAAGAGGAAGCUGAUCACACAGCUGCAGCCAGACACGGAUUAUUCCUUUGUGCUCAUGAGCCGGGGGAACAGUGCCGGCGGCCUUCAGCAGCAGGUUUCCAUUCGAACAGCCCCAGACCUGCUGAAGAUGAAACCGGCUCGAUACCAACACGAUGUGGAGGAGGGUGGCAAAGUGACCAUCAGUCUGCCCAGGGUGCCUGCUGAAGCCCCCGUCAGGUGGUACUACAUAGUGGUUGUCCCUGUUAACCCGGUUUCUCUGAGGAGAUGGGAGAACCCUGAAGACAUGGACGUACAUGAGCUCCUGGAGGCCGGUGCUGACAGCGGUCUGCAGAGACGGAAGAGACAGAGCCAGGACUUCCUGCAGCCCUACAUCGCUGCCAAACUGGACGCCCUGCCCGAGAUCUUCACGCUGGGCGACGAGAAGAAAUACAACGGCUACUACAACAAACCCCUCCCCGGCCAGCAGCAGUAUCGCUGCUUUGUUCUGGCCGACUUGACGGACCAUGAAUCUGUGAAGGAGAAGGAAGAAAGAAGGACGUUUGCGGCCAGCCCGUUCUCUGAGCCCAUCAUGGUGAAGCUCCACAGUGGGAUGACCCGACAAACAGAGGACCCAGAGAUGCUGUGGGUGAUGGGUCCGGUGCUGGCGGUUAUUCUCAUCAUCAUCAUAGUCAUUGCCAUUCUGCUCUUCAAGAGCAACCAAGAAAGGAAACGAACAUCCCCAGCCAAAGAUGAGCACAUGGCGGGGGUUAAGGACUCACUGCUGGCCCAUUCCUCAGACCCUGUGGAGAUGAGGAGGCUCAACUAUCAGACUCAAGGGAUGAGGGAACAUCCUCCCAUCGCUAUCUGUGACCUGGCAGACUACAUAGAGAGGCUUAAGGCCAAUGACGGUCUGUGCUUCUCUCAGGAGUACGAGUCUGUUGAUCCAGGACAGCAGUUCACCUGGGAGCACUCCAACCUGGAGGUCAACAAGCCAAAGAACCGCUAUGCAAAUGUUAUUGCCUACGACCACUCCAGGGUCAUCCUCACACCAGUGGACGGAGUUCCGGGCAGCGAUUACGUCAAUGCCAACUACAUUGAUGGCUACAGGAAGCAGAAUGCCUACAUCGCCACACAGGGGCCGCUGCCAGAAACUCUGAGCGACUUCUGGAGGAUGGUGUGGGAGCAGAGGACCUGCACCAUCGUUAUGAUGACCCGCCUAGAGGAGAAGUCACGGGUGAAAUGUGACCAGUACUGGCCCAGUCGAGGCACAGAGACAUAUGGGAUGAUCCAGGUGACCAUGCUGGACACUGUGGAGCUGGCUACGUACAGCGUACGAACAUUCGCCCUAUAUAAGAAUGGCUCAAGUGAGAAGAGAGAGGUUCGACAGUUCCAGUUUAUGGCCUGGCCUGACCAUGGAGUGCCUGAGUAUCCCACCCCAACACUGGCCUUCCUACGCAGAGUCAAGGCCUGUAACCCUCCAGAUGCUGGACCCAUGGUGGUCCACUGCAGUGCCGGUGUCGGCCGCACCGGCUGCUUCAUCGUGAUCGAAGCCAUGCUUGAGAGGAUGAAACACGAGAAGUCGGUGGACAUCUACGGUCAUGUGACAUGCAUGCGGGCUCAGAGGAACUACAUGGUGCAGACGGAGGACCAGUACAUAUUCAUCCACGAGGCCCUGCUGGAAGCUGCAACGUGUGGAAACACAGAGGUCCCCGCCCGAAACCUGUACGCCCACAUCCAGAAGCUGACCCAGAUCCCUCCUGGAGAGACCGUCACCGCCAUGGAACUGGAGUUUAAGAAACUGGCCAACUCUAAAGCACAUACCUCAAGAUUCAUCAGUGCCAACCUGCCGUGUAACAAGUUCAAGAACCGCCUGGUGAACAUCAUGCCUUUCGAGUCCACCCGCGUCUGCCUGCUGCCAAUCAGAGGGGUGGAGGGCUCCGACUACAUCAACGCUAGCUUCAUCGACGGAUACAGGCAGCAGAAAGCGUACAUGGCCACCCAGGGCCCGUUAGCCGAGACCACAGAGGACUUCUGGAGGAUGCUGUGGGAACACAACUCCACCAUCGUAGUCAUGCUCACCAAACUCCGCGAGAUGGGACGGGAAAAGUGCCACCAGUACUGGCCUGCCGAGCGCUCUGCACGCUACCAGUACUUUGUUGUGGAUCCCAUGGCUGAGUACAACAUGCCUCAGUACAUCCUGAGAGAGUUCAAGGUCACAGACGCCAGGGAUGGUCAGUCGAGGACCAUCAGGCAGUUUCAGUUCACUGACUGGCCCGAGCAAGGAGUGCCAAAAACCGGGGAGGGCUUCAUCGAUUUCAUCGGCCAGGUCCAUAAAACUAAAGAGCAAUUUGGACAAGAUGGACCAAUUUCUGUGCACUGCAGUGCUGGUGUCGGGCGGACCGGUGUGUUCAUCACCCUGAGCAUCGUCCUGGAGAGGAUGAGGUACGAGGGAGUGGUCGACCUCUUCCAGACCGUAAAGACGCUCCGAACUCAGCGGCCGGCCAUGGUGCAGACCGAGGACCAGUACCAACUGUGCUACCGGGCUGCUCUGGAGUACCUGGGAAGCUUCGACCACUAUGCAACAUAACCCCGCCCAGAAAGAAGCCCUCAGACGAGUCCUGUGUCUCCUCUGAGCCACAUCCACUCUGCUCCAUCAGCCCCCCAAGGCCUGAUGAGGAGGCUACAGUACAAGGAGGAGCCCUAAGCAGGAAACGGGGGGGACAGACGAGGUCCUCCAGCACCGGUGCCAUGAUUCUGCCACAGACCCGACACGAAAACCUCCCUAAAACCGACCCCCAAAAGACUUGUAGUCAUGCCUCAUCCGAUUCCUGACUGAAUACUCCCGUCACUCCCCAGUCUCUGCCUCCUCCUUAUAGCAAAAACAAAUGUUCUGCUACUUUCAUUUAUAUCCAUCAUUACUAUGUUGUUAUAAAUAUUUAGAAUUUAUUUUGUAAUCACUUACACUGGCUAUUAUAUGUCUUAAUGGGUCUUUUAUUUUUAUUCGCUUAUUUUUUUAUUUUUUUUAUUAGCAAAGAGGACAUGUAUUCUGAACAUUAAUACUGGAGAGCGUAUACUCACAGCUGCUAAUAAUUUUAUUUUGUACCAUAGAUAUGAUAUUCUAAUGUUAUCAUUGAUCUUAUUUGGGGGUAAAUGUGGGUUGCGUAGAUAUCCAACAGAACGAUGGUGAAAUAUCUCACAAACAGAUCAAAUAAGCAUAAACUUUUUUGAACUACAGUAUGAAAUAAAUAUAUUGCUAUAAACAUGCAAAGACUAUAAACAUCUGAACAACUGCAAGCAUGUUUCAAAUCAAUAACUGUUGACUGAUUUCUCAAAGCCAUCAGAGACUUUCAACAAAAGAAAUCUAAAGUUGGUGGAAAGGGUUGUGUCCACCCCCAACAUAGACUCAGGUACACUGAACACAGACAGGCUGUCGACCAUGUCGCAUUCUGAACACAUGCUCUGUGCAUUUAAAAAGAAAAUGAAUCCUCUGUGGCACCAAAGUAAGACUCAGUGCUGAAAUUUAAUCAAAUUUGUUUAGUUCCCCAAACCCCUGCUAUUUUGUAACUGUCAACAAAUCCCAUGAAAAUGCUAAAACCAACAAUGUGUUAGUCUCCCAGGUCUGUGUCUCUCAGCUCCAAGGCCAUUGGUGCUUACUGAAAGCUUAGUUUGAAUAAAAAACUAAUGGCUCACAAAUUAAUCAAUUAUGAAAAAAAAUAAAAAAUCCUUUCCCAAACAGGUCAACACUGUAGUUUUUAGCAAGCAAACGGGAUGAAAUAAUGUAUUAGUUGGUCACUAUUUGCAGCAGCGGAUUAAUCAACAUUUGGUGCUCUAAAGCAGUGUUUCCCAACUUUUUUUUUUACAGUGGACCCACUUUUAAAAAAUUUACAAACAUCGGGAAACCGAUUCACAAUAGGCCUUGCAUCUAACUUUGAGUAAAUUUUUGAUUAAAAAAACUUAUAUUAUCUUGAAUAGGUAAGAUAUAUGUUUGAAUAAUCAGAACUUUGUUUUAUGCGUUUGCAUUGUUACAUACUUUAUAAAUUAGACCAAAUAAAUGCAUAAAGGCAGAGUUAACCGGCUAUCUCAUUCUUUUGAUGUUCUCCCUUGGGUCAAACAAACAGAAUCUACUCUAGCAUUUCAUACUAGAGUCCAUGGGGCUUUAAAUAGGCUACGAUAAUCAGAACAAUACAAGUAGGAUUAAGUCAAAACUCUAGUGUGUGAAUUGAUCGUAAUAAAGGAACAUGUCAGCCAGUGCUAACAGUGUGGCUCACUGAUGUGUUUGUAAUGGAGCUCUAAGGUACAGAGGACAAAUAUCUAGGAGACUUUAAUGAACACACAGUACUUGUUGGUAAGAUCAAUUCAUUGUUGGUUUGGCUCUGUGCAUUGGGAUUUGUCGACAACAGAUUCUGUAUAUCACCAGACUUAAUCAAAACUGAAAUUUCUCUCUAAAUGUCCGACCUGUUUAUGAUUUGAAAACUAACAGAGCGGGAUUUUAAAGCAUUGAUAGUGGGCUUGGUGGAAAGUUAAGAAUGUGGGGGGUACUAUUAGAUGAUAAUAAAGAAGAAUAAAAACUGAAAGUAUGAUGGGCCAGCCAGUUCAACAAAAUCACAAAAUGUUCUUACCCUUUUGGUUGGUGCUCAAACUCCUUUCGGACAUUAUAUUGAUCCACAAACAGCUCCAAUGGGCCACACACACACACACACAUACAGCAGCUGCCAUGUCUCCGACGUCAUACUGGGAAGUGACUUGGUGAUGGCCCCACGUGUCAAACUUCCAUACUCAUCUUAUAACCUGCAUCUUUCUGUUUGCAUACGCGGCUUCACAGAGACAGCACACACAGGCAGAUACACUGGAUCCCGUUCAUGAUAUAUAUUAGAGCUCAACUGUUUUUAAUCACUGUGUUGCAGACGGACAGACUUGUAACUGAGAGCGGCAUCGAUGUUCAGUGGUGGAUCUCUGUGGAUUUCACUGGAUGGGAUGACAGAAGGGGGGUGGUUUUGAUGAAGUGGACCAUAUAACGGAUUAAUUUCACAGAGGGGGUCCUAUCUGUUGUAUACAUGAUCUGUUUUCUAUUUGUUAAUAAAAAACAAAACUGUCU